GUCAGUGGAAACGAGUUGUAACCAGGAAGUGAGUGGUGAGCUGGUGCAGCGAGCGGCGGAUAAUGAGCAGCUGAGUUUCUGCUGUUCUUUUCAGCUUCCGAAGGGCAGGAUGGGCAGGCAGAGGAAGAGGGUGGUGACGGGAGAAGCUGUUCCGCUUCCAAGGAAAGAUGAGAAGCCCUCCGUAUUUCACCGCAAGGAGAAGAAGAAGAAAGUUGACAUUGGGAAGCUGUUCAUCAACAUCUCCAUUGGCCUUUGCAUAUUCAGCCUCAUCUGGUUCUUCUACGCCCUCUACAUGCGAUCCAGCCUGGCCAACCGGGUGGUGACGCUGCACCCGUCGGCCCCCGUCCUGGAUGCCAAUAGCAGCACCGCCAAGGUUUCCCCGGAGAGAUUCUGGGGCUCUUAUCGACCUCAGGUGUACUUUGGCAUGAAGACAAGGAGUCCAAGGUCCAUUGUUACAGGCAUGAUGUGGAUGCGUCAGUUCUCUGACUUGGACAUGAAUCUGAGGCACACUUGCGAGCAGGGGGAUCAUCUGCAAAGUUAUGGCUGGCUGAUGCAUGAUGGAAUCACCUUUGGCGUCCAGGAAAUUCGAGACAAUGACUUCACGCUCACCACAGAGUUCGUCAAGAGGAUGGGAGGGGACAACGGAGGAGACUGGACCUGGAGGAUCACCGCCAAGCAGGACAGCUCUGCGCCCCAAGCGCCCGUCAUCUCCCUGAUGUUUUACGCAGCUGCAGACACGCAGGGCUCCCUGCAGGCUCACGUGGAGGAGAGGAACCGCCUCGCCUCCAUCACGGGCUUCUCAGAGGAGCUCGGGAACUUCAAAAUUACCUUCCGAAAGCCCGUGACCGGGGAGUUAACCAGCGCUAAAUACGCCAGCUACAACUACCUUCAGACGGUUUCUCCUGGACUGGAGAAGCUGACUGACAUUGUGAAGCACAGCCUGAACCGCAGGUUCGUCUACAGCCCCCCUUCGGGCGAGAAGAGGCAUUACAUUGCCGUGGACACUUACAAGCCCCCCCACCACCAAAGCAACCGGAAACCCGCCGACGAAAGGAAAGAGAGUGACUUUGUGGUUCACCAGGUGACGGUUCAGUUGCCUUUUCAGAUCGAAGUGCUGUUCGAGUCGGGAAGCUUCCACCAUCGUCCAAACCAACUGGUGGGGUCCAUCAUGACGCAGGAGCUGGAGAAGAGGAAAUCUGAGUUUAACGCAAAGUUUGAGAAAACUUUUGGGCUUGAGAGAAAAGGCUUCAGCCAGGCACAUAUUAAAUUUGGCAAGGCAGCGCUCAGCAAUAUGUUGGGCGGAAUGGGUUACUUCUACGGCCAGUCUGUGGUGCAGUCAGUCUACAACGACUACCCACUGCUGUACCCUGAAGGGGCUUUAUUCACUGCCGUCCCCUCGCGCUCUUUCUUUCCCCGAGGAUUCCUUUGGGACGAAGGUUUUCACCAGCUUCUCCUGAGCAAGUGGGAUCCCCAAGUGACCAGGGAGGCUAUUGCCCACUGGAUAGGCCUGAUGAAUAUGGAGGGCUGGAUCCCCCGCGAGCAAAUUCUUGGAGAUGAGGCGCGCAGCAAAGUCCCAGCUGAGUUUGUUGUUCAGCGGAACGAGAAUGCCAACCCACCUACUCUCUUCUUAGCUCUUCAGGAACUCACUGAACAGCUCUCUUCAAAUUCAGACGCUCCAGCGUCUCAGCAGACCCUGGCUUUCCUCCGGCGGCUCUUCCCCAGGCUAAAAACCUGGUUCGACUGGUACAACACCACGCAGACCGGGCCCCUGCCCAAUUCCUACCGCUGGCGUGGACGAGACAAAGACACCAAUCUGUUUCUUAAUCCCAAGACCCUGACCUCCGGGCUCGACGACUACCCGCGUGCCUCGCACCCCUCAGCAGACGAGCGGCACGUGGAUCUGCACUGCUGGAUGGCCCUGUCUUCCGGCAUCAUGGCGAGAAUCGCUCGGCUUCUGGACGAGCCCCACGAGGACUACGAGCGCACGCACACCGUGCUCAGCGACAACAGCCUGCUGAACGAGCUGCACUGGUCCGAACAACUGCGUGCCUUCAGCGACUUCGGCAACCACACGCAGGCCGUGUCCCUGCAGCAGGAGAAAGUCUACGUCCCUCCCGGACAGCCUCGCCACCAGUUCCCCGUGGCGCGGCUCGUGCGCGCCGUCCGCAGGGCGCCCAAACUGCAGUACGUCAACGCCAUGGGUUACGUCAGCCUGUUCCCCUUCUUGCUGCACCUCCUGCAGCCCGACUCGCCCAAGCUGGAGCACAUCCUCCGAGACAUGAGGGACUCCAAUAAGCUGUGGACACCCUACGGCCUGCGCUCACUCUCCAAGGCUGACCCCCUGUACAUGAAACGAAACACUGAACACGACGCCCCCUACUGGAGGGGAGCAGUAUGGAUUAAUAUCAACUACUUGGCGGUGAGAGCCCUCCACCACUACAGUAGUUCAGAAGGGCCGUACCAAGAGAAGGCAGCUCUUCUGUAUGAGGAACUCAGGACUAACAUUAUCAAUAACGUUUACAGACAGUAUGUGGAAACGGGUUAUAUCUGGGAACAGUACAAUGACGGCACCGGGAGGGGCCAAGGAAGCCACCCCUUCACCGGCUGGUCGUCCCUGACAGUGUUAAUGAUGGCCGAACAGUACUGAGUCAGGACAUUUAAUAUUAUGGUUUCUAAGAUAUUGGGGUUCAUUCAUCAGGAAGUGGUAAGUUACAUGGAGUGUUAUGACAUAGUAAAUGUAAUCUGGCUGACUACACAAGAUCACCACAGAUUAUCUUUUAUGAUCACAUUUCCUCUUCAUUAAGCAUUUAAUUAGAAAUAGCAGGUUUCCCACACUUAUUCAGACAAGUUUCAAAGCAGCUCCCCUCUCUUUAUGUGGAGCCAACUACUGCCUUAGUUACAUAGUUGGGAUGUAUUUUACACAGUGAAAUUAUACUUGUGGUAUUUUCACUUGUCCUGUCUGAUAUAUUAAAUUGAGAAAAAAACCAACAUUUAACCAACCCCUCAAAAAAAGAAAAAAAAAAAGGAUUCAAGCUUUUGUGAUAAUGAUGAAAUAUUGGCCAAUGGAUGAAAAUCAUUGAACUUUUACAAACAUGUAAAUGAUUAACAGUUGGAGUUCAUUCUGAAAUGAGAAAUGGUGUCUGUUUCUUCUCUAAUCUGUUCUGCUAAUAUAACGUUGUUAUUCAUACAUGUGAUUUACAAAGCGUCAGCUAACAUCAGUUUAACCCUUUAAACAAAAUGAUUAUGCCACAAUACCAAAUGUCGGCCUGCUGUUUGAUUUAUGGUAAUUGAUGAAAUUUUAUUGGUUUAAUUUCUUAAGUUAUUUGUAUUAAACUGAUUUGCUGUCAAGGCCACAAUUUUAUUUUUUAUUUUUUGUCAAUAAAAUUCAGGUCUUAAUUUACCAAAUACUCAUGACAAUAAUCUAAAGUGUCGCCCUUCUUUCACAGUAGCUGAAAAGACAGUUUUGAAUAGACAAGUUGUGCUCUCACUCCAGGAAUACGGGCCUUCUUCUGUUAUUGUGCCAUUUUCUUGUUGGACUGCCAAUUUCUUUGCGUUUCUGUCUUAAUGAUUGACAUUUUGAUAUUGUUUAAUUGUAGUCUUGCAACCAAAUGUUGCAUCCAGUCUUGCCCAGCACCUCUGAAAUCACUGCUUUCAGCCAUAUUUUAUACACACAGCUUGUGGUUUGACUGGCAGGAAACACAACCUCGAUUUGUGAAACCGGUUUUGUUUUGUUUUAAAAAAAUAAAUGGUUUGAAUAUUC